AUGUCAAAGAUUGCGAAUCUUGAUUUCAGUGCUUUGAAAAGCAAUGGUGACAACUACCUGGAAUUGGCGCUUGAUGCAAAGAUCAUGCUGCGAUCAAAAGAUCUUGGUGACACAAUCACCAAAGACAACAAUUCCAGUGACAAAGACAAGUAUAGAGCUAUCUACAUGAUACGCCACCAUCUCCAAGAGAACUUGAAAACUCAGUUCUUGGACUACAAAUCAGUAGACGAGUACAACUCAGUCCUGUUCAGAAUUGUGUCCUUGUUAAAGUUAUGUGGUGAAAAAGUAACCGAGGAAGAGAUGCUUAAUAAAACUCUUUCCACGUUUCCUCAAACCAACAUGGUAUUACAACAGCAGUACAGAGAGAGGAAUUUCGCCACAUAUACUGAGUUGAUCUUGUUGGCUGAAGCUAACAACGAACUGUUAUUGAAAAACAGUGAGAUGAGACCUCCUGGUACAGCUCCAUUACCCGACAUCUCUAAGCUGGCUAUAGAGCCAAAGUAA